AUGGUCAUCUUCGGCGGCCUGGAGAUCGUCGCUGCGGGCUACGUGCUCCACGAAUUGGGCAAAGAUGAGGAGAAGGGCCGCGCCACUGAAGAAGCACGCCGCCGCCGUCGCCGGCAUGACAGCCACUCACAUCAUCGGCGAGACUCUGACUCACGACCACGCCCUCCCAGACCAUCACAGCACAGCCUUGCGCCACCGAUGAUGCCGCCACCAAGACCGAACAGUGCUCCACCACAGCAGCCGGCCUUCCAGCAACAUGGGCCUCCGCCCCCAGGGUGGGUGCCAGGCCCGCCUCGGCCGCCGCAACUGCAGCAGCAACAGCAUUCUCAAUAUCAGCAGCCGGGCCCGCCGCACCCGCAGACCUGGCCGAAUCAAGGCCAACCUCCACAGCCGAGACCUAACACGCAGCCACCUCCCCAGCUUGGACCCAACUCUCCCAUGUACAAGCCCGCCGACUUUCCUCCAAACCCGCAUGCGCUAGGCCCUCAGGUGCAGUUACACCCACCGCAACACGGCCCGCCACCACCGUACCAGCAACAGCAACAGCAUACACCGCCACCCAGGCCUGGUCAGCUUCAAAGCCGGCCGACGAUGCACUAUGACACCAAGACGGGCAAAUGGCAGAGCAACAUGCUCCCUCCGGACAUGCAGCGCAGCCCCUCCGCGCCGCCCCCACAAAGCGAAGGCCGGACCCGGACGCAGAGCGGGUCGAACAACAACGUGCUGCCGCCCAGUCGGCUGCGAGAGGGGCGGCGGGCCUAUUCGAGCGGGAGCUGGAGUCCUGGAAGCGACGAGAGCGAGAGCGAGAGUGAGAGCGACGAUGCGGACCUGGCGUACGGGCGGUUGCCGGGCCGGAGGAAGAGGGGGGAAAGGAGGUGGAGUGCGAGGGCGGAGGAGAGGGAGGGCCAGAUGGCAAAGGUGGCGAGCUAUGAGCGGCAGAGACCCGUGCAGCAACAACAGCAGCAGGUUGGGCCGGUGGAGUUGAGGGCGGAGGAUGAUUGGUACGCGAGGAGGAGGGAGGAGAGGGUUGGUAGUGGUGCUGGGCCGAGGGAGAGGGCGGGCACGGCACCGCCGGUUGCGAUGAUGGGAGCAUUAGAGUUGGACGGUAGGCAGAGGUAUGAGCUGCCAUAG